AUGGCUUAUCAAUCUUCUGUAAAGGUCCAGAGGAAAGGCUUCAGUAAUUCGUCUGCCGUCCUUCCUAACUCAUGCCGCACCAGUUACAGCUCCAGCACCGUCUCCAGAACUGGUGGCUGCGGCGCUGGUGGCGGUUUGGGUAGAGUCGGUGGUGGCGGGAGCCUUGGCAGUCGAAGCCUGUACAGCCUAAGUGGAUCUCAGAGGAUCUCAGCUGGUAGCGGCGGCGGCGCCUGUUUUGGCAGUGGUGUUGGUGGCGGAUACGGGUUCGUUGGUGGCGGAUAUGGGUUUGGUGGUGGCGUAGGUGGUGGAAGCUUUGGGUUCAUUGGAACUGGUGUUGGUGGUGGUAGAGGUGGCAUGGGUUUCCUAGUUUGCCCACCUGGCGGAAUCCAAGAAGUGACUGUCAAUCACAACCUGCUGGCACCUCUCAACCUGGAAAUUGACCCCACCAUCCAAAGAGUCCGUAAAGAGGAGGGGGAGCAGAUCAAGACCCUCAACAACAAAUUUGCCUCCUUCAUUGAUAAGGUGCGUUUCCUUGAACAACAGAAUAAAGUAUUGGAAACUAAAUGGUCAUUACUUCAGGAACAAGGCCAGAGAACUGUUAGAAACAACAUUGAACCCCUCUGUGAGUCUUACAUCAACAACCUCAGACAACAGCUGAAUUGCCUGGAGAAUGACAAAACGAGAAUGGGUGGAGAACUGAACAACAUGCAGGCUCUUGUUGAGGACUACAAGACCAAAUAUGAAGAUGAGAUCCACAGGCGUACAUCUGCAGAGAAUGAAUUCGUAACCCUUAAGAAGGAUGUGGAUGGUGCCUUCAUGAACAAAGUAGAACUAGAUGCCAAGGUGGAUUCCCUGAAUGAUGAGCUCCGCUUCCUCAGAGCCCUGUAUGAAGAGGAACUUGCACAAAUGCAGGCCCAAGUCACCGAUACUUCUGUGGUUCUCUCCAUGGAUAACAACCGCAACUUGGACCUCAAUAGCAUCAUUGCCGAAGUCAAAAGUCAGUAUGAAGACAUUGCAAACAGGAGCAGAGUUGAGGCUGAAACUUGGUACCAAAGCAAGUAUGAAGAGCUCCAGGCUUCUGCUGGAAGGCAUGGUGAUGACCUCCGCAACACCAAGCAAGAGAUUGCUGAAAUCAACCGACAUGUCCAGAGACUGCGAGCUGAAAUUGACGCUGUGAAGAAGCAGUGUGCCAAUCUUCAGGCAGCCAUUGCUGAAGCAGAAGAGCGUGGUGAUCUGGCCCUCAAGGAUGCAAGGCGGAAACUGGCUGACUUGGAAGAUGCUCUUCAGAAAGCCAAACAAGACAUGGCCCGGCAGCUGAAGGAGUACCAGGAACUGAUGAAUACCAAGCUAGCCCUGGACAUCGAGAUUGCCACUUACCGGAAGCUUCUGGAAGGAGAGGAAUGCAGGCUGGGAAAUGACACAGCAAAUGCAGUCAACAUCUCGGUUGUGUCUUCGACCAUGGCUCGCGGUGGUGCUGUUUUCAACGGUCAAGGGUAUGGAGGUGGAAGCAGCCUCGGCUUGGGAGGAGGAAGUGGAUUUGGGAUGGGAGCAGGAUGUGUAGGCCUUGGGAGCGGACUUGGCAUUGGAGGAGGCAGCUUCAGUUCUGGGAGCGGAAGAGGUAUCGGAGGAGGGGUGAACCUUGGAGGUGGAAGCUGCUCCAGCAUCAAAUUUGCUUCAAGCUCCUCUUCUCAAAGAAGCUGCAGAAAAUAAAGUGCAAACUCCCUCAGUCUUUUCAAAUGA